AUGUGUGGCAUUUGCUGUUGUGUGAUUCUCACUGGGAUUGGUGCCGAUGAGCAGCUGGCAGGCUACUCCAGUCAUUGUGUCCGCUUCCAGUCUCUAGGUCUAGAAGGUCUGAAUGAGGAAAUAGCAAUGGAACUGGGUCGCAUCUCCCCCAGAAACCUCGGCUGUGAUGACAGAGUUAUUGGUGAUCAUGGAAAGGAAGCCAGGUUUCCUAUCCUGGGUGAGAACGUUGUGUCUUUCCUAAACUCCCUGCCGGUGUGGGAGAAGGCAGACCUGUCUUUGCCGCCAGGACUUAGUGAGAAGCUCCUUCUACGCCUCCCAGCUGUUGAACUUGGCCUCACAACCUCAGCCCUCCUGCUGAAGCCGGCCAUGCAGUUUGGAUCUAGAAUUGCAAAACUGGAGAAAACUGACGAGAAAGCGUCUGAUAAGUGUGGAAGGCUCCAAAUCCUUCCUUAG